AUGGAUUACGAGUACGAACAGGAAGGUUGUUUUCGGAAUGUAUUUAAAUCGUUUGUCUGUGUAGUUUUGUCCUUGCUGCUUGGCCUGCAGGUUUACUCAUACUUGUGGGGAGCUUCAGAAAACAUUGACGGGGACUUUUCAGAUAUAAAGUAUGUUAUAACGCAGUUAUCACACGGACUUACUGAGAUAAAUCGUAAGCAUGAGCGAUUGCAGACCGAAAUGGAACGCAUAUCGUCAACGUUACCCGCGGUGGCCGCUGCAGCGGGCCGUGCUAAGGAAGCGCUUGAACCAUCGCGGUAUCAGAGACAUGCUGUAGAUGUGCAUGAUUACGAUAGACAGAUCGCAGACUUUGCAUUAGAAACUGCGGGUGCUAAGAUUGUGGAUACAGGCAACACUGUAGAGCAUCUUAUAUACGAGUCACCUGUAAGCUGGGCUCUUCAUGUUCUCUCUGCGAUGUUUUGUCGUGAAUGCCUGGGCGCAACUGCUAUUAUUCGACCUGGUACAUUGCCUGGGGAAUGUUGGGCUUUCAGAGGAUCGAAAGGAGAAGCAACCAUACGUUUAUUAGACAAUGUGCAUGUAACUGGAGUUAGUUUAGAGCACAUACCGCCUCAUAUAUCGCCAACUAAAGAGAUUUCUUCAGCACCUCGCUUAUUUCAACUUGAAGGGUUGGAAUUUCGCAAUGAUCCAUAUCCAUAUGAUUUUGGAUCUUUCGAAUACGAUAAAGAAGGAAAACCCAUACAGUUUUUUGAAGUACAAAAUCCUCCACCUAAGGCGUAUAAUUUAGUUCGGAUACGGAUAUUCUCUAACUGGGGUCACUCUGUGUACACUUGCGUGUACCGGGUUCGAGUUCACGGCGAACUGGCCAGGAAACAAAAUGGGUAUUAG